GUUUUACACACUCAACUUCCAUUCACACACAAGCAAACUCACUGUCCUUCACGAGUGACAGGAAAUAGUUACAAUCAAAAGCCGAACUUGAGAAGAGGACUUUAGACCAGCUGGUGAAGCGAGGGAGGCAGAGUCAGCCAGUCAGCAACCAUAGUGCAGCUCAUCUGAAACACAGCCAGAGCAACAGGAUUUGGCGAGAGAUGAUCAGCAGUUCACAGCCUUUCUGGGUCUGUAUGGAAUCUACAAAGUGAACCAAAUGGGAACUGGAUAUCUUGGCCAUUGUUGACACUGCCAAGAACUGUGCCACUGAUUGAACAACUGAGGGAAAGAGGGGCUGCCUUCAACCCAACUUGUCUGCUGGCCUCAGCUCUCUCUCCCACAAAGGAAGGGACUUUACUUUUACAAAGUUUCACAGAGUUGGUGCCAGGAACAGCACAGAGGGCGGCACAGGAACUGAUCAGUGAGUCACUGAUCCCUUGAGCUACAGCUUUGAAUGGACGCACACAGCUCAGUGAACUGGCAGUCUUGGCUUUAACCCUUCAGUAGCAAGACUACAGAGAGAUUUUGGCAGUGAUUUACAGACUGGAGUCCAAUCUUGAUCCAUAAAGAAAGCCAAGAUAUGGAACUGAAGCAAACAUUCCCCACAGCUUCCAGAAUGGAUUCACAGGUAGAUGGGCCUGUAUGUCAACCCAAAAUCUUCCUGGUUUCCAAACACACGAGUGUCCAGCUGGCUGAACAACCAGGUGGAACUUUCCAGAGGAGGAUUCCGUCACCAAUGGAAGCUGCAACACCUCCCUGCUCCAGCUCUGACAGUGUGCCCACACCCGAUGACUUUGACCCUUCGCAGCGUUUGAAUCAACUGAAGACGGAGCUCCAUGUUUCUCCAGGAACAGCCAUCAAUGGAUGGACUGAACCACGCAAUCCAGCUCUGGUUCCAGAGAUGAAUGGAAGUGAAGGACACUUGGCGUGUUUAGAUGUCGCACCCCCCGAUCAGGCCAGGGUGGAGGCUGGAUCAGCUCAGGGUAAAACCAGAGGUCGACGGGAAAAGAUCUGGAUAAAGUACGAAGGUGCUGGCCCGAUGGAUGAAGUCGGAAUGCCUAUUGCUUCCAGAUCAAGUGUAAACAAGCCAAAGGAUUGGUACAGGAUGAUGUUUCAACAGAUUCACAGCAGACCCACAGAUGAUGAAUUGGAUGCCUACGAUGUAACAGACCAAUCAAACGGAGAGUCCCAAUGCAGAGAUGAGCUCCAGCAUUUGACAAACGUGGAGUUUCCAGAUUCUGAUGCCCUUCAGCCAGAUUUCACCCUCAGUCAUUGGAAGGAGUUGGAACUCCGAGGAGUGGAGAGUGAAGGCCUGAGGCUGCAGGCUCAGCACAACAGCAUCUUCAACUAUGAGCCAGGAGACUGGACAGUGCAGGGGCCAGAGGAACAGGCUGAAUUAUCUGCUCUGAAUUCUUCAACCAGGAAACUCUCAAACUCCAUCGAGACUUCACUCGAGAAAGAGCUAAGCCAGUUGGAAGCUGAGUUGGAUUCUGAUCUACAGAACCUAAAGCUGCGGCUGGCAAAGAGAGACGGGAAGUGCCAGGAAAGCUCGGGAAGACGGCAGUUUCAAGGGCAGCCUGCUAGUGUCAGUGUAAUGAGCUCACCUCCCGGGUGGGAGCAGUCGCCCGUCAAUCUCCAACCCAGUGGUCAAUGCAGCAAGUUGCCUGGCAACCACAGCCUCCAUGGAGACACUGGCACCAGAGAUCACCCAGCAUCUUCGGGAGGUCCUCGGAGCUGUGUGAAUAAUGGGAACAGUCCUAAUGGGAGACAAGACAACCUGCCAGAUGGGCCACACAUCUCUGAAACACGAAAGAUGAAGGCAGCACGGGCCAAGUUUGACUUCCAGGCUGAAUCUGCAAAGGAACUUACUCUUCAGAAGGGAGACGUUGUUUACAUCCACAAAGUGCUCGACCAGAACUGGCUGAAAGGGGAGCACUAUGGGAGGCUUGGGAUCUUCCCAACAUCUUAUGUUGAGUUUAUUCCUGACACUGAGAGACCAACACCAAUCAAGAACCCACCCAUCCAAAUCCUGGAGUAUGGAGAAGCUGUUGCCAUAUUUAACUUCAAGGGAAAUUUAAGUGUGGAGCUCUCUUUUCGCAAGGGUGAAACAAUCUCAUUGAUACGAAGAGUCGAUGACAAUUGGUUCGAAGGAAGAAUAACAGGCACCAACCGACAAGGAAUCUUUCCAGCCAAUUACGUGCAAGUGGUGAAAAGUCCAAAAGUCAAAAGUGCCGUUGGCUCAGUUCCAAUUUCCCAAAGUCAGCAGUCCCCCCAUAGUCCAUCAACUUCUCCAAUGCAGCAACACUGCAAUAUUUCACCAAGCCCUUCAACCCUAUCUCAUGGUGAUACUUCACCAACCCAGCAAUACUUGCAAACCUCCCUCAACACUACCCCAAAAACCCAACAAUUCCUCAACAGCUCACCAGUUGUACCAACCCAGCAAUACCUGCAAACCUCCCCCAAUACGACCCCAAAAACCCAACAAUUUCCCAACAGCUCACCAGUUGUACCAACCCAGCAAUACCUGCAAACCUCCCCCAACACUACCCCAAAAACCCAACAAUUUCCCAACAGCUCACCAGUUGUACCAACCCAGCAAUACCUGCAAACCUCCCCCAACACGACCCCAAAAACCCAACAAUUUCCCAACAGCUCACCAGUUGUACCAACCCAGCAAUACCUGCAAACCUCCCCCAACAUUACCCCAAAAACCCAACAAUUCCUCAACAGCUCACCAACUCUGCCAGCCCAGCAAUAUCUGAAAACAUCCCCCAACCCUACCCCUAAAAUGCAACAAUACACCUAUAGCUCAUCAACUCUGCCAACCCAGCAAUACCCAAAAACCUCCCCCACUCUCAUAAGCCAGCAAUAUCUGAACACUUCACUAACUCUGCCAACCCAGCGUUACCACACCCCUGUAACCCAGCAUUACUCCACCACCCCAUCCAUCACCCGAACCCAGCAUUACCCCAAUACUUCUUCAACUCUGCCAACCCAGUAUUAUUCCCCCAGUUCACCAGUCUCCACAAAAAUGGAGGGAUCAGAUUCAUUGACCAGACAACCAGCCAAUCACUAUUCUGUACCAAUGCCAACCAACAGACAGCAGGCAGUUGUAGCAUCGAACACCAAUCAGCAUGCAAUGCCAGCUUUGCCAACCAGUCAGCACGGAGGCAGUCCCGUUGGCCCUCUCUCCUGGCAGCUAUCGUCACCACCGCCUCAACCAGCAGUAAGCACAGGAACCAUGCCAACUGUAUCGUCCACUAAGCAACCAGUGCAGACCUCCCAGGUGUCCUCUGACCCCAGACUGCAAUCUCACAGAACUCCAAUGAAGCUUGUCGGAUACCAGACAGAAAAUACCAGAACUGGAAGUGGUGAAAGCUGGAGUCCGUACCGGGCACUGUAUAACUACCGUCCAGUAAAUGCUGAUGAACUGGAACUGAUGGAAGGUGACCUUGUCAAUGUGAUGGAGAAAUGCGAUGAUGGCUGGUUUGUAGGUACAUCUCGCCGGACCAACAAUUUUGGAACAUUCCCUGGGAACUAUGUGCGACCAGCUUAAUCUUCUUCAUCAACAACAUGACCUUCAUUACAGUCAUUCAGGCCUGAUUACUCUCUCUCCCUUUUUGUAUUUCUCUCAAUCUCACAGAUUUUCCCUUGCUGUGUCGCUUCCUCUGUCUCUCUCUCUCUCUAGUGCACUGUCUCUCUGCUUCUGUGUCUCUCUCACCCUCUCUUUCUUACUGUCUCACUUUCUCUGUCUCUCUUCCUCUAUCUUUCUCCCCUCCUCUUCUCUGUGUCUCUCUCAAUCUCUCUCUUUCUGUCUCUCUCUCUCUCUCUCGUUCUCUCUCUCUUUGCCUGUCACUUUAAGGUCAGAUAAUAUUCCCUUGAGACCUGUGAUCUGAAACCUGUCCUCCGACUACUCAUUAUUCCUCAGUGUGGACCUGAACCGGAAUUGGAUCUAGAAGAGAUGAAUCAACUGAUGGGAUCGACCAGAUCCAAGUGAAAGUGUGUCUCAAGGCCGGGGUGGAGAGUUGGGGAGUGUUGUGGUGAACCAAAAGAAAUCACAUGACUCCCAACUAUAGGAGUGACUGUGCUGUGAAGGAGAGUACUGGGGGUACUGCUGAGUGUUUGGAGUGCAGGAUCGAGCUUAUCAUUCCUCACCCUGGAGUCGUCCCAUACUGGGAAUGGACAGUUACUCAGGGAACUCCCUCACAUACUGAAACAGUCACCUAUCAGAGUCAAUCCUCUGAUGCACACAUAUCCAGUCAGCUCUGUCAGGUUCUCCGAGAGCUUCAGUGAAAGGUAGAAACCAUGCUGCAUUUCAGAAGGGGGACAAUCUGAACAGCCACAAAGCAGACCUCGACCUGAGUCCAGACCAGGAGAGUACCAAACCAUGUGAGUCCCAGACAGUGAAACUGCAGACUGCGAGAGUCUAGACUGUGAGAGUCCAGACUCUGUUUGCUGAGAUCAGUCCAGGGCUGCGAGCUCCUUAUAAAGGAAUGGCACUGGCAGGGUGAUGGGGACUGUCAGUGAGUCGCCACACAGAUUCAAAUAGCUGGAUGCUGAGCAGACACUGCCAGAAUACAGGCACAGGAUGAUCCCAGGCUGUAGGAGGAGGUACCCUCUCCAUGUGGAAAGUGUUCCAGGCUGCUGUCUUCAGAAGGGAUCCAGCUGCUGAUAUUUUUGGCUGUCUCUAACUGUGUCCCGGGGUGGGUUUUGUGAUCUUUGUGCUAUGGCUGUCUGCAGAAUCUAGUGCUUGACCCUCACAGCUGUGUACCAGGAAUCAUGCUGAGUUCAGUCUUUCAUCUGUGUCACUAUUUACUCAUCAUAUAUUUGUAUAAAUCUCCUAUACUUUCCAAUAAAAAAAGAUAUCACAGA